CGAACCACGCCGCCAAACCGCGCAUUGUUGCACUAAUUGCAGUCAAUAUUUGCCUUGUCUAGACUCUGAGGGCAUCCUGCAGACCCCAGUAAAGUGAACAAUUGCUAAAUCAGAAUUGCACGUCAGAAUCCCGCUGAUACUCGUUGGUUCUACAGAGCUUCCAUUGCUUUCCACCAGCCUCGCCACGCUAGUCCCCUCCAGAAAGCACCGUAGUUCUUCCACCUUCACCGUGCUUCAACCCCCAAUCUGCAAACUCUUUCCUACCAUAACACCCAGCAACUCUCAUCUUCUAAUCAACCUGAACGGAUUCUGACAAUACAGCGUGUUUCUCUCUAAAAUUUCUAUACUUCAAUCAUGGCUUCCACAUUGACACCCGAAGUUCUCUGGGCUCAGCGCUCAUCUUCCUCCGAUGCGACCAAGAACCACGUCUUCCUUACAAUUGUCGCGUCCGACGUGCCAGAGUCAGAUCUCAAGCUCGACCUCCAGCCAACGAAACUGAGCUUCAAGGGAACCUCAACAUCAAAGAAAGUCACAUACGCCGUCGACCUCGAGUUCUUCGCCGAAAUCGAUCCCAAGGAGUCGAAAAUCCACCACACCGGUCGCGAUAUCGAGUUGGUGUUGCGCAAGAAGGAGCUCAAGGAGGAGUACUGGCCCCGUUUGCUCAAGGACAACAAGAAGAUGCACUUCUUGAAGACAGACUUCGACAAGUGGGUCGACGAGGACGAGCAGGACGAGCAGCCCGAUGAUGAGGACUACAUGUCCAAGAUGAACCCCAUGGGCGGUGCUGGUGGUGAUGGCGGUUUCGGUGGCAUCGACUUCUCCAAGUUGGGUGCUGCACAAGGCGCAGGCGGCAUGCCCGAUUUCGGCGCCAUGGGCGGCAUGGGCGAGGGCGGUGAGAGCAGUGACGACGAGGACGAUAUGCCCGAUCUCGAGGACGACAGCGGCAAGCCCACCACCGGAGGAGAGAGCAAGCCCAAGAUCGAGGAGAUUUCGUAGACAGUUGAAGCCUGGUAAAUGGCUGACUGGUUCCUAUUGGCCGCACAUGCGAAUUGCUUUGGGCUACCCGGCGCUUUGGCUCCGGUUGCACACAACUAUCCCUGGGAGGACUUUUUGUCUUCACUUCCAGGGAUCUUUGCGAGGAAUGGAUUGUGGUUACGGUAACCUUAAUGGUAUAUGAUCAAAAGAAAUGAAGGCUUAUAUCCGCAUCUUUAUAUUGGUCUAAUUAACGAUGCUACGAAAGCUGUUUUUGAAAUUUGACCGAUCGUGAAUAUUUUAGGAAAUGAUCGACAGCCAACUCAAGCUAGUCGCAGGUGCCCAAAUUCUGGUUGCU